CGGCCAUAGGUUAAGUUUGCAAUAAAAGGUCUCAUCUACUUCACAUUUCCUAUCUUUUCUUUCUCUUCAGUUCUUAAACCUUCUCUUUCACUGUAUUCCAUUCAUCUUCUUCGACUUGUAUGUGAUUGUUUUUUGGUCUGGCUUUUUUUCCCGGCCGUAUUUGAGGCCAAAAUGACACCUGAUGGUUCAUUUAACCAAGAUAUUGACGAGGAUGACACAAAGAAGAAAGAAGGAAAGAAGAAGAAGGAUCCUAAAGUUCCAUUAUUGAAGUUGUUUUCAUUUGCAGACAUUUACGACUAUGUGCUAAUGGGUUUGGGUUCCAUUGGUGCAUGCGUGCAUGGUGCAUCGGUUCCUGUUUUCUUCAUCUUCUUCGGGAAAUUGAUAAACGUUGCUGGAAUGGCUUAUCUCUUCCCUAAAGAAGCUUCUCACAAAGUUGCAAAGUACUCAUUGGAUUUUGUAUAUCUCAGCGUGGCUAUUUUAUUUUCCUCAUGGAUAGAGGUGGCUUGUUGGAUGCAUACUGGAGAGCGACAGGCAGCAAAAAUGAGGAUGGCAUAUCUCAAGUCUAUGCUAAAUCAAGACAUAAGCUUAUUUGAUACUGAAGCUUCAACAGGACAAGUCAUUUCCGCCAUUACAAGUGACAUUAUUCUUGUUCAAGAUGCUCUUUCUGAGAAGGUGGGGAAUUUCAUGCAUUACAUAAGCAGGUUUAUAGUAGGUUUCUGCAUUGGAUUUGCGAGAGUAUGGCAAAUCAGUUUGGUAACACUAUCAAUUGUCCCCUUGAUUGCCAUUGCCGGUGGGCUUUAUGCUUACGUAGCCACGGGGCUUAUUGCUAGAGUUCGAAACUCCUAUGUCAAGGCCGGUGAAAUUGCGGAAGAGGUGAUCGGGAAUGUUAGAACAGUCCAAGCAUUUGCAGGGGAAGAAAGGGCAGUGAAAUCAUAUAAAGAAGCAUUGAUGAACACAUACAAGUAUGGCAGAAGAGCUGGCUUAGCCAAGGGCCUCGGACUGGGCUCUAUGCAUUGCGUGCUUUUCGUUUCCUGGGCGUUGCUCGUUUGGUUCACCAGUAUAGUUGUUCACAAAAACAUUGCCGAUGGUGGGGAUUCUUUCACUACCAUGCUUAAUGUUGUCAUCUCCGGCCUGUCACUAGGACUGGCAGCACCCGACAUCUCAGCGUUUAUUCGAGCAAGGGUGGCUGCGUAUCCGAUAUUUGAGAUGAUAGAGAGGAAUACAGUUAGCAAAACCAGCUCCAAAACAGGCCACAAACUAGGCAAAGUGGAGGGUCACAUUGAAUUCAAGGACGUGUCAUUCAAUUACCCGUCUCGCCCAGAUGUAGUAAUCUUCAAUAGGUUCAGCCUCAACAUACCUGCUGGCAAGAUUGUAGCUCUUGUGGGAGGAAGUGGCUCUGGGAAGAGCACGGUCAUAUCAUUGAUUGAAAGAUUUUAUGAGCCCCUUGCAGGGGAAGUUUUGUUGGAUGGGAAUAAUGUUAGGGACCUUGAUCUCAAAUGGCUUAGACAACAAAUUGGUUUGGUUAAUCAGGAGCCAGCACUUUUCGCAACAACGAUUAGGGAGAAUAUCCUUUACGGGAAAUAUGAUGCUACUCUCGGAGAGAUAACACGUGCUGCGAAACUUUCAGGGGCCAUUACGUUUAUUAAUAAUCUCCCUGAUAGAUUUGAGACUCAGGUUGGUGAAAGAGGAAUACAACUAUCAGGUGGACAGAAGCAAAGAAUUGCGAUAUCUCGAGCAAUAGUGAAGAAUCCAUCUAUCCUUUUACUUGAUGAAGCAACCAGUGCACUUGAUGCGGAAUCUGAGAAGAGUGUGCAGGAGGCACUUGACCGUGUGAUGGUGGGACGAACCACAGUCGUCGUGGCUCAUCGACUUUCUACUAUUAGGAAUGCAGACGUGAUAGCUGUUGUUCAAAGUGGGAAGAUAGUAGAAACUGGCAGCCAUGAUGAGCUCAUUUCAAAUCCUAACAGUGCCUACUCUUCACUCGUUCAGCUUCAAGAGACAGCAUCACUUCAACGAUACCCCUCGCAGAGUCCUGCAAUGAGUACACCACGCAGCUUGAGUUAUUCACGAGAAUUAUCCCGAACAAGGACAAGUUUUGGUGCAAGUUUUCGUUCCGACAAGGAUUCCGUAUUUAGCCGUUUAGGUGCCGAAGGAAUAGGUACAGGGAAGCCUGUUUCACCAAGAAGACUAUAUUCUAUGAUAGGACCUGACUGGUAUUAUGGGGUCUUUGGAACCAUUGCUGCAUUAAUUGCUGGAGCUCAGAUGCCUCUCUUUGCUCUAGGGGUUUCUCAAGCUCUUGUAGCCUAUUACAUGGACUGGGAAACAACAUGCAAUGAAGUGAAGAAGAUUGCCACCCUAUUUUGCUGUGCUGCAGUUAUAACUGUCAUUGUUCAUGCAAUUGAGCACCUAUGUUUCGGUAUUAUGGGAGAGCGACUCACUCUCCGUGUGCGUGAAGUGAUGUUUUCUGCCAUUUUGAGGAACGAAAUUGGAUGGUUUGAUGACCCAAACAACGCAAGUUCCAUGCUAGCAUCGCAUCUAGAGAGUGAUGCAACAUUUCUAAAAGGUGUAGUUGUCGAUCGGACAUCAAUUCUCAUCCAGAAUCUAGGCUUGGUCGUUGCUGCCUUCAUUAUUGCAUUCAUCUUAAGCUGGAGAAUCACACUUGUUAUCUUGGCCACUUUCCCAUUGAUCAUAAGUGGUCACAUUAGCGAGAAACUAUUCAUGCAAGGCUUUGGAGGUGACUUGAGCAAAGCAUAUCUAAAAGCAAACAUGCUCGCUGGUGAGGCUGUCAGCAAUAUUAGAACUGUUGCUGCAUUUUGUGCUGAGGAGAAGAUCUUUGAUCUUUAUUCCCGUGAGCUGGUAGAGCCUUCAAAGCGUUCGUUCAACCGUGGUCAAAUUGCAGGGAUAUUCUACGGCACUUCCCAGUUCUUCAUCUUCUCAUCUUAUGGCCUUGCCUUAUGGUAUGGUUCUGUUUUAAUGGGGAAGGAGCUAGCCAGCUUUAAAUCCGUCAUGAAAUCAUUUAUGGUUUUGAUUAUAACGGCAUUAGCCAUGGGAGAAACUCUGGCAUUGAUUCCAGACCUUUUAAAAGGGAACCAAAUGGUGGCAUCUGUGUUCGAGAUUAUGGACCGAAAGACUCAAGUUGUUGGGGAUGUUGGAGAAGAAGUAACAAAUGUGGAAGGUACAAUUGAGCUCAGGGGUGUCCACUUUAGUUAUCCAUCAAGGCCAGACGUAGUCAUUUUCAAGGACUUUGAUCUAAAAGUGCGUUCAGGCAAGAGUAUGGCACUGGUGGGGCAAAGCGGAUCCGGUAAAAGUUCGGUUCUUGUUCUUAUACUUCGAUUUUAUGAUCCAACAGCUGGGAAAGUGAUGAUUGAUGGCAGAGAUAUCAGGAAACUGAAGCUGAAAUCCCUUCGGAAACACAUUGGUCUAGUGCAACAAGAACCAGCUCUUUUUGCCACAUCCAUUUAUGAAAACAUCCUUUAUGGCAAAGAAGGAGCUUCAGAAUCAGAAAUAAUAGAAGCAGCAAAGCUUGCCAAUGCCCAUGGUUUCAUAAGUUCCCUCCCUGAGGGUUACUCAACAAAAGUUGGGGAACGAGGAGUGCAACUCUCGGGUGGUCAGAAACAGAGAAUAGCCAUUGCUCGAGCUGUUCUGAAGAACCCAGAAAUCUUGCUGCUUGAUGAAGCCACCAGUGCUCUAGACGUGGAGUCAGAGCGUGUGGUGCAACAAGCUCUCGACAGGUUAAUGAGGAACCGAACAACAGUUAUGGUGGCACAUAGGCUGUCAACUAUUAAAAAUGCAGAUCAAAUCUCGGUUAUACAAGGAGGAAGAAUAAUAGAUAAAGGGAGUCAUUCUAGUCUCAUAGAAAACAAAGAGGGGCCGUAUUUUAAGUUAAUCAACCUUCAGCAGCAACAGCAUAGCAGCUAGAACAAUAAUGUCACAAUGUCGAUGACACAAUAACUACAUUGUCGAUAAAACAAAUUACCAAGACAAAUUAUGCAAGGUGCUUUGUUUCAUAUUUCAUCCCUGCCCCUUCUUUUUUCGGUCAUACUGAAGAAUGCUGUACAAGGCGUUUUUUACCAUACUCUGUUCUUAGAUAAAACGGAGGGAUGCGAAGAGAAAUUUCUUUC